AUUUUCAGAGUUCAAAGAGGCGUAGGUAAAAUAUUUUGUGAAAAUCCGUGUACAAAAGUACAGUGAUAUUUGUUAAAAUGCUAGCUUUGAUCAAUCGUAUCCUUGAUUGGAUUAAAAGCUUGUUUUGGAAGGAAGAAAUGGAACUUACUUUGGUCGGACUGCAGUACUCUGGAAAAACAACUUUUGUUAACGUCAUUGCAUCUGGUCAAUUUAGUGAAGAUAUGAUCCCUACAGUUGGAUUCAACAUGAGAAAAAUCACAAAAGGAAAUGUCACAAUCAAGGUUUGGGAUAUUGGUGGUCAGCCCAGGUUCCGAUCAAUGUGGGAGAGGUAUUGCCGCGGUGUCAAUGCUAUUGUGUACAUGGUAGACGCCGCAGACCAGGAUAAGAUCGAGGCGUCGCGCAACGAGCUGCACAGCCUUCUUGAGAAGCAGCAGCUGACCGGCAUCCCCGUGCUAGUGCUGGGCAAUAAGCGCGACCUACCGCACGCGCUCGACGAGCACGGCCUCAUAGAGCGGAUGAACUUAUCCGCCAUUCAAGACCGUGAGAUCUGCUGUUACUCCAUAUCAUGCAAGGAGAAGGACAAUAUCGAUAUCACGCUACAAUGGCUCAUCCAGCACAGUAAGUCUGGGAGCGCGCGUUAAUACACCUCGCGUUAUGGCACUUUGCACCAGGCGUAGUUCCAUUCGCAUACUAUUUACCUUAUAAUUAUUAAAAUCUUGUCAGGAACAGAAUGUCUUACGUCGCCGUUUUAAAUAAAUUUCUUUAUUGCUGCGAGUUUUGAGUAUUUAUAUGACUAGAAAGAAUAAUCCAAAUAAACCAAGCAAAGAAAACGGCUCAUGUUACUCACAAUGGGUGCGUGACUCUAAUGUCAAAUUGUACUAAAGCAGUCAAUGUGUGCGUAUGUAACGACGAGCUUAUCUACCAUAUGUAGUAGAUAUUUUUUCUGCCGCUUCGGUGCAGUUAACACGGUGUCUACGGUUUAGUUAUCAAAGGCUGCGAGUUAAAAUGCUACACUAGCUAAUGUCUUAUUACUUAUAUUCUUGUCAGUAAUGCCCGAGAAAGUCAGAAUGUCUUGCUUCGCCUUUUUAUAUACAUUUCUUUAUUGUUGCGAGUCAUACUGCUAUACUAGCUAAGACCCCAAAACAGUUAUUUAUACGCAAAAAUGGUAGACUGUACUUCUUACUUGUGACAGUUAUAAACAUUUCUGUAAUUUUCUUUCAUAUAUGCAACAGUUUAGCUUAGUUUUUCAGGUAUUAAACGUGUGACUCUUCGAAAUGACAUUUCUGUUAAUUUUCGUGGUGUGUGGUAAGAAUAGUAAAAACCAAGCACAAGCCAGUCUUUUUAUUAUAAAUUGGAAUGGAAUUCCUUUAAGAGAUUCUGAAUAGCUUGGAUAUUGAUGUUAACAAAUAAUGAAAGAUAACUCUUUGAGUA